CAUGUAGUCUCUGUCCCGAUUGACUCGGUUUUUUCCUCGAUGCUCCACGACCCCGUCCGUCUUGAAGGAUGUUGAUGACCAGACCCUUUAAAACCCUUGGAUUGCGGUUAAAUCGAUUCACUUUCGUCCAUGGCGCGUGAAACGUCUCAAAAAUCCAUCAGGAUCAUGUUGCACCUCGAUGUGGAUGUUGUUGAUGAUGAUGGUGCUGCUGAUGCUUCUGGUGUUUUCCAGCAUCCACUGCAGCUUUUUCCCCAAAGGCAGAGAUGUUUCUGAUCCAAAUAUCAUGGGAUGGAUUAGAGAGGCUUGAAAAUGAUGAGACGGAUCAUGCUGUAUGUGUGUGUGAGUGUGUAUGUGUGUGCGUGUGUGUUAUUCAACUGAAGAAGAGGCUUCAUCAGCUAAAAAUACAGGAGAGGAGGAGGAGGAGGAGACUCUUAAAGGAGCAGCAGAGACAAGAGAGAAAACACAUGAUGGUCAUCAGUUCAUUCAACAUCUGGUACGGGAUGUGUGCCGUCUGUCCUCUAAUGGCACAGAACCCUGGAUCAACACCUUCUGGAGGUGCUGCUGCUGGACCAGCCAAUCAGAUUCAGAGUUUGGAAUCCUGCACCAUAAUGUCUUGCCGUGAUUGGCCGGCUGGACUCCAAGAAAACCACACCGGUCACCAUGAAGAUGGAUCCCAAAGGAUUUUACCUGUUCUGGAUCAAUCAGAGCAAGGAAACAGAGUUUUUGGAUGUCGCCACCAUCAGGGACACAAGAGCAGGAAAAUAUGCCAAAGUCCCUAAACAUCCUAAAGUUCGUAACAUCUUCAACAUGGAUUUUCCUGACAGCCAUCAUCUGGCCAAAUCACUGACCAUCGUGACGGGUCCUGACACCGUCAACCUCACGUAUCACAACUUCUUUGCUGCAAAAGAAGUGGCCCAGAUGUGGGCUGACGACAUCCUUGCUAUAGCAUACAACACACUGAGAGCAAACGCCUGCAGACACACCUACCUGGAGAAAGUGUAUGUUCGCCUCUUAUUGCACACCAACAAAGAUGGAAAAAUCCCUGUUAAAAAUAUCUUUAAGAUGUUUCCUGCAGACAAGAAAAGAGUGGAAGCUGCUCUGGCAGCGGCAAACCUCCCGAAAGGAAAGUUUGACACCAUUAAGACGGAUGUGUUCACUGAAGCGGCGUUCAAGACCUUCAUGCUGAAUUUGUGUCCCAGACCUGAGAUCAAUGAAAUCUUCACAUCUUUCACCAAGGGAAAGGGUUUCAUGACGAAGGAGAUGCUGACGAAAUUCCUGAACGAGAAGCAGCGAGAUUCUCGCCUCAACGAGGAGUUGUUUCCGCUCGUGAGACCCGAGCAGGUGAAGAAUCUCAUUGAGAAAUACGAGCCGAGCUCAUCCAACGCCAGCCGCGGUCAGAUUUCUCCAGAAGGUUUGAUGUUUUACCUGAUGGGAUCUGAAACGUCUGUGGUGAAGCUGGACAAACUGGCCCAGAGUCACGACAUGACCCAACCCCUCCCACAUUACUUUGUCAAAUCCUCCCACAACACCUAUCUCACAGCCGGGCAGCUGACUGGCGUAUCAUCACCGGAGAUGUACCGCCAGUGUCUCCUUGCCGGCUGCCGCUGUCUGGAGCUCGACUGCUGGAAGGGCAAACCGCCAGAUGAAGAGCCAAUCAUCACCCACGGCUUCACCAUGACAACCGAGAUCCUGUUCAAGGACGUGAUUGAAGCGAUCGCUGAGAGUGCCUUCAAAACGUCCAAGUAUCCUGUUGUGCUUUCAUUUGAGAACCAUGUUGAUUCAGUGAAGCAGCAGGAGAAGAUGGCCAACUACUGCAGAACGAUCUUUGGAGACGCUCUGCUCGUUGAUUUACUGGACAAAUAUCCUCUCAAGCCAGGUCACCCGAUUCCGAGUCCGUCUGAGCUGAUGGGUAAAAUACUGAUCAAGAACAAGAAAAGCAGUGCUCCUCCAAGCAAACCAGAGCAGGCAAAGAAACCGUCUGUUCAAGAACAAGUGAAUGAAGCUACAGAUGGUUCUGAGUCCAACCAACCCACUGAUCCAAACCAACCCUCUCCAGCCAACCCAGAAGGCAACGACCCUCCUGCCGCAACCGACGACCGUGAAGAACAUGACGACCACGACGAACAGGACGAAGAGAAGAUGAAGAACUCCGAUGAGGGUACCGCUGGACAGGAAGUGACAGCAUACGAGGAGAUGUCCGCACUGGUCAACUACGUACAGCCCAACAAAUUCAUCUCUUUUGAGAACGCAGCCAAAAAAAACAAGAGUUUUGUCAUCUCUUCCUUCGUGGAAACCAAAGGAGAGAGUCUGAUCGCGAAGAACGCCGUGGACUGGGUGGAAUAUAAUAAGAGGCAGAUGAGUCGUAUUUACCCCAAAGGAACCCGUGUGGACUCUUCAAACUACAGUCCUCAGCCCUUCUGGAGCGCUGGAUGUCAGUUCGUGGCGCUCAACUACCAGACGAUGGAUUUCCCCAUGCAGCUGAACAUGGCUCUGUUCGAGUUUAACGGGAGGACGGGUUACAUCCUCAAACACGACGUGCUCCGCCGGAGCGACAAAAAGUUUGAUCCCUUUACUGACAGGAUCGACACCAUUAUCGCCAGCACUCUCACCAUUAAGAUUUACUCCGGUCAGUUCCUGUCGGACAAGAAUGUGAAGACCGGAGUGGAGGUCGAGCUCAUCGGUUUGCCGAAAGAUCCCAAACGCAAAUACCGCACCAAAUGGAGCCCCACACCCAACGCCAUCAACCCGGAGUGGAACGAGGAGCCCUUCGUCUUUGAGAAGAUCCUGCUGCCGGAGAUGGCCUACCUCAGGCUCGUGGUUCAGGAGGAGGGCGGAAAAUUCAUAGGUCACCGAAUCAUCCCUCUGGACGCUCUUCAGACAGGUUUCCAGCACAUUUGUUUGCGCAGCGAGAGCAACAUGCCGCUCACGCUGCCGUCUGUGUUUGUGCACAUCGAGGUGAAGGACUACAUCCCCGCUGCGUUCGCUGAUUUCUCAGAUGCACUUUUCAAUCCAGUGAAGACUUCAAAGCCACCGAAGACAGAGAGUUCAACAUAUGUGUGUGAAUAUGAGUUACCUGUUGCUGACGGAGUCCAGAAGUCUGUCACUCCUGCACCUGCUGCAGAACCAAAGGCCACGGAAGAAGCUCCUGUCUCAGCUGAAGCUGUAGAGAAACCAGCAGAGGGCGACGUCGCACCUCCAGCUGAGGCUCCCAGUGAACAGACUGAACAGACUCCAGCUCCAGAACCACCUAAACCUGAACCAGAACCUGAGCCAAAACCAGAGCCACAGCCUGAACCCAAACCAGAGGAAAAAACAGAACCAGAACCAGAGCCUGAACCAACAUCAGAAGAAAAUCCAGAUCCAGAACCUGCUGCAGCUACAGAGAAUGUUGUCCCAGAGACCAAAGAAUCCAGUGAAGAAACGCCUUCUGAUCCGUCAGAUCCCUCCACUGUGACCUGUGAAGAACUGCAGCAGCACAAGAACUUCCUGAAGGUCUCCAAGAAACAAGAGAAAGACCUGAAAGACAUGGAGAAGAAGUUUCAGAAGAAACGAGAAGAGCUCAUUCAGAAAUACAGCGACCAGUUCAAAGCCUUGAAGAAGAAGAACACGGCCAAGAAGUCUGAAGGAUCAGACGCAGGUGAUCAGAUGAAUGAACUCAAGCAGAAGCUGAAGUCGGAGCUCAGAGUGCUGCUGGUGGAGCAACAUGAUCAACUCAAGAAGAAGAAAGAGCAACACAACACUGAGCGUUUGACCAAACUCUUGGAAAUGGCCACAGAGAAGCACUGCAGUGAGAUGAAGGCACUCAACAGCGAGCCCAAAAAGAAGGACAGAAUGAAGAAAUGCAAGAGUACAGAGCAGCUGGACAAUGAUAACGCUCAGUCUGCAGAUAACAGCAACGCUGACGGUUCUCCUCAGGAACAGAGUCUGAAGAAGAAGCAGGCCGCCACACUCGCCAACAUCAGAGAGCUGAUCAGUCAGCUCAACAAAGACGCUGUGGCGGAACACGCUAAGAAGAUGUGGUCGCUGCCCAGCGAUCUGUCCGAGGCCGUGAACUCCUGCGUUAAACCUCAUUUCCCGGAGCACGUGGACAAGGCCGGCGAGAACCGCUCCGAACACGCGGGACAGUACAGUCACGUUUUUGUUGGAUGAUGUCCGUAUGAUGAUCCUAACAAUAGUUUAAACCAACUCUAAUGUAAUAUUUACCUUUUUACACGUGUUUAUAUUUUAUGAUAUAUUGUGCUCUUCUUUGCUGUAAUACACUUUAGCACUCAACCUGACAGAAAAAUCAAGUGAAAGUUAGUGUAUAAAAUGAAGGGACAUCUCAUGAAGACUGUCAAGAUCACAUCAGGGAUGUCAUUCACUCCAAAAUAAAAAAUACAAUGGAAAAAAAUAAGAAAUUAAACAUUGUAUAAAGAAAAUGAAGCCUUAAGGAUUUUUUGCAUUUUGAUAUAUUCAGACUCUAAUCCAAAUUGUCCUAAAGGCUUGAUUUUCUUUCUAUAUAUAUAUAUAUAUUACUAAAUACUAAAUUUUUCCACCGAUAGCCGAUUAUUCAGAGUGAUAUCUGAUAGUUUGGGGGGUUCUGCCUUUUAUACCUUCUUUUAAAUUAAUGAUAAUUUCAUUAUUAUUAAUAAUUAAUCAUUAUAUUUUUAAUUAUUAUCUUUUGAAAGAAAUGCAAAUAAAAACUUUAUUCUCUCCAUUUCAUCAACUUGUUUCAGAGUAACUGGUAUCGGUUAUAAGCAAACACAUUACUCAAAAUAAAAUCAACACCCGUUAACUAAAUUCUGAAGAUUUAAUUAAUAUUUCUUAAUUUUCUGGAUGUUAUUAAUUCAUAUAAUUACUAUUAAAAUUGAACAUCAAA